AUGCAUCCAGAAAACCACAGCACACUGGAGGAGUUUGUUCUCUUGGGCAUCCCAGUUCCUGACCAGCUAGUGACCGUUUUUUUCUAUCUGCUUUUACUUAUCUUUGCAUUAUCGUUAUUGGGGAACCUGACCAUUGUGGCUGUGGUACUACUUGAUUCUCAUCUUCAUACUCCUAUGUACUUCUUCCUCUUUAACUUGUCCAUCCUGGAGAUUGCAUUCACAUUAUGCAUCAUCCCAGUCAUGCUAUCCAACCUCCUCUCAACAGCAAAAACCAUAUCAUUUUAUGGCUGCAUAAUUCAGUGCUUCUUCUAUUUUUUCCUUGGAAUAGCAGAAUUCCUUCUCUUGGCUCUCAUGUCCUUUGACCGCUAUGUAGCCAUAUGCAAUCCACUAAACUAUUCUACUGUCAUGAAUUUCAGACUCUGUAGUAGGCUUGUCUUUUCUUGCUGGUUUUUAGGUUUUAUUUUUGUGAUCUACCCCAUGACUGCUAUAUCAAAACUGCCAUUCUGUGGAUCUAAUAUCAUUAAUCAUUUCUUUUGUGAUAUUGAACCACUCCUUGCUCUCUCUUGUUCCACCAACACAACCCUCAUUGAGCUUUUCAAUUUUAUGAUAGCUAUCAUCGUACUUCUAGGAUCAUUGGUACUAACAACUGUAUCCUACAUUUCUAUCAUUGCCACGGUCCUGAAGAUACCAUCAGACACUGGAAGGAAGAAGGCCUUUUCCACCUGUAGUGCCCAUAUUACAGUAGCUUCCAUUUACUAUGGGAGUGCCAUAUUCAUGUAUCUGAGGCCAUCAAAGACACCAUCUCUGGAUCUCAAGAAAACUGUGAGCAUUUUGACAGCUGUAAUAACCCCUGCACUCAACCCUUUUAUCUACACACUGAGAAAUGAAAAGGUGAAAGAGGCCCUGCGAGACUUACUUAAGGGAAGAGUGUAUUUAAAUCCAACAAAAACCAGUAAAUAA